UAUAUUCUCUCCUCCAAUUCUCAUGGCAUUAUUAACCUUUUUCAUCUUCAUCCUGAGCUUGAUAUGGCUCACAUCACUUCUACUUACAAAGUUCUCAAGAAAUGCUAAAAAGAAUCAACCGUUGUCGCUGCUGCCUCCAGGACCGAUGGGGUUACCCAUUUUGGGAAACCUCCCUUUCAUAAAACCCGAGCUUCACUCUUACUUCACUGACUUGGCGAAGACCUAUGGCCCAAUCUUCUCCCUCCGACUUGGAAACAAAAUUGCAGUUGUCAUCUCCACUUCCUCAGUGGCACGAGAAGUUCUCAAAGAUCAAGACAUCAUCUUUGCCAACAGAGAUGUCCCUAUUGCUGGUAAAGUUAGAUUCAAUGGAGGUUCUGACAUUUUGUGGAGCCCUUAUGGACCUGAAUUGCGGAUGCUAAGGAAAAUAUGCGUCCAAGAGAUGCUUAGCAGAUCCAAGGUGGAUUCAUUCUAUCAUAUCCGGCGAAGGGAGGUUCGAAAGUUGGUCAAUAGCCUUUGGGUCCGAAGGAUGUCGCUGGUGGAUGUUGGGGAAGAGAUGUUCAUGACAGUGUUGAAUUCAAUAAGCACCAUAUUGUGGGGAAAUGAGAUGGCCGAAAGGAAUCUAGGGACUGAGUUCCGUCUCUUUGUGGAAGAAUUGAUCAUGCUGAUAGGAGAACCAAAUAUAUCAGACUUCUUUCCAUGUCUAGCUUAUUUUGACUUGCAAGGUAUAGAGAAAAGGAUUAAGAGAUUGGUCAAGAGAUUUGAUAAAGUUUUUGAAUUGAUGAUAAACGAACGAAUGGGAGAGGAUGAUAAUAAUGUGAAGAAGGAUUUUCUGCAAGGUCUCUUGAAUUUGAGGAAAGAAGGAGGGGAUGCUAAAACGUGUCUAACUGAUUCUCAUCUCAAAUCGCUUUUAAUGGAAAUGGUUAUCGCAAGCACGGGUACAACAUCAUACAUGAUGGAAUUCAUGUUGGCUGAGAUGAUGAACGAUCCCCAAAUAAUGAAGAAAGCGCGACAAGAAUUAGAAAAUGUGGUAGGCGCAAACAAUAUAGUUGAUGAAUCACACAUUCAUAAAUUACCUUAUUUGCAUGCAGUCAUGAAAGAGACCCUCCGGUUACACCCUCCUGCACCCCUUCUCGUACCACACUGCCCUAGUGAGUCUUGCACCAUCGGUGGGUACACCAUCUUCAAGGGCACUCGUGUUUUCAUUAAUGUGUGGGCCAUACAUCGAGACCCUUCGUUUUGGGAGAAUCCACUCGAGUUUAAUCCAGAAAGGUUUAUUAAGUCUAAGUUGGAUUAUAGUGGAAAUGACUUUAACUACUUACCGUUUGGCUCCGGUAAAAGAAUAUGCGUGGGCAUUGAAAUGGCAGAAAGAAUGUUUUUAUACUUGUUGGCUUCACUACUCCACUCUUUUGAUUGGAAAGUGUCUGAGGGAGAGAAAUUAGACUUAGAAGAGAAGUUUGCACUUGCACUAAAGAAGAAAAGGCCUCUUAUGGCAAUACCAACACCUAGGCUUUUGAAUCAAGCUUUAUAUGAGUAGUUAUAAAACAUUGUGAAUAAAAUAUUUAAAUAAGAAAAAAAUCUAUGAAAAGCAAAAUUUCUCAAAUAA